AUGGCCAACGACACCACAGCCGAAAGCACCCCCGCGUCCGCCGCGACCGAGACGGUGCCGUUCGCGCACGUCGACGACUGGGAUAUCCCGGGCACCGAGGUGAUGCGCGACCAUGACGGGCUGCACUUCCAGCGAGAUGGCGGGCAGGUGCUCGUGCCCCAGCCGACGCUCAACCCACACGACCCGCUCAACUGGAGCCUCAAGUGGAAGGCGCUCGUGACCGCCGCCCAGGCAAUCUUCACGUUCAUCGCCGUGUCCACCUGCCUCUCCCUCGCGCCGAUGAACGGCAUCCUCGCGCAGCUAUGGGUCAAGAACCCAACCGACACGGGCAUGCUGACGGGCGCGCUGGUCAUCGCGCUCGCCUUCUCCAACCUCAUCAUCGUGCCGUGCUCCAACAUCUUCGGGCGGCGCAUCACGACCAUCGCGACGACGGCGCUGUCCUUCUUCCUGUCCAUCUGGGAGGCGAAAGCAACCAGCUACCGCUCGUUCCUCGCCUCGCGCAUCAUGACUGGGCUCGCGAUCGCAGGGUGCCAGAGCUUGAUGGUCCAGGUGAUCGCAGAUCUGUACUUUAUCCACCAGCGCGGACGCCUCAUGGGCCUGUACUUCACCGUGUUUUUCCUCGGCCUCUUCAUCGGCCCCGUCAUCAGCGGCAACAUGGCGUCGUCGUACGGCUGGCGCUCCUUCUUCUGGCUCACGUUCGCGCUGCUCGGCUUUGCAGUGAUUGCGCUGGUGCUCGGCGGGCCCGAGACGCGCUGGCGGCGCGGCGGCGCAGCGGGUGCUGCGGCGGCCGAACACACGCCAGAGGAGCACACGUCGGACAAGGAGGCGCACACGCCCGGCAUCACCGACACGGACGUCGAGGGCGGCGGCGGCGUGCGCUCCCUCGUCGGCAAGGGAUACCCGUCCAAGCAGCAGUGGAAGCUGUGGCAGCCGCUCGACGCAGACUGGCGCCAGACACUCUGGUCCGACCUCGUGUCCCCGCUCCCCAAGUUCUUCAAUCCCAUCCUCCUCUGGGUGGGGGUGACGCUCGCCGGAGUCCCCGCGUGCCUGCUCUUCUGGAACCUGACAGAGGAGGCCAUGCUCGCCGGCUCGCCGUACAACUUUAGCCCAAGCGCCAUGGGCUACACCAACUUUGCGUUUGUUGUCGGCGGCCUGUUUGGGCUGGCGACUGCUGGCCCACUGACAGACUACGUGUCGAACAAAAUGACGGAGCGGAACAACGGCGUGCGCGAGGCCGAGUUCCGCCUGCCGGCCCUCAUCCCCUUCGUGGCCUUCAUGACCGUCUCGUACGCCGUCGGCGCGGUCGGCUUCGAGAAGCACUGGCACUGGCCCAUCAUGGUCGUCGUGGGGUACGGCUUCACCGGCGUGACAGUCACCACCAUCCCAGCGAUCGUGAUCGCCUACGCCGUCGACUGCUACACCCCAGUGGCGGGGGACAUCAUGAUCGUCGCCUCGGUGUGGAAGGAUGUGUACGGGUUUGCCAUGUCGUACUGGGUCUUCCCGCUUAUCGCACGCAAGGGCAUCCUCACAACAGCCAUGGUCCAGUUCUCCAUUGCCGCGUUCCCAAUGGUCCUGGCCGUCCCGCUCUACUUUUACGGCAAGACGCUCAGGCGCUGGACGCGCGGGUCCGCGUGGCACAAGCACAAGUGAGAGAGAGGGGCGAGGUUGGUUCUACGGCUCGGGCGCGCGCUCUGUAUUAAUUGCCUCCUGAAUGGCAUGUCGCCGGUUGCGAGGUUGCGAGCGCGAACGGCGCACUAGUGAGCGGGUCAGCUGUGGCUGACAGGGAGGGGGGAAUCGAUCUGGCUCGCGGCGCCGGAGCUGACCCGGAAGCGGUGGGCCCGGGGUGGGUGACAGUCCAACCAGGCUACUACCAACAGCCGCGGCUACAACUCUGUUUUCGAGCACGUUGGUUUCCGCGACGAGGGGAGCUUGUGUGUCCCGUCGACCGUACCGUACCGUCAGGCGUGACGGAUGACGGACGUGGUGACUGCCGUCUUUGAAUCAAUCGCGGCUGACUGCCAUCCAUGUGCCGUGCCGCGGCGCCGAGAGUACACCCGAGCGCGCUACCGCCGUGCUCCACCGCGAUCCGAGACCGCGCCGAGACGCUACGCUCGGCUCGGCUCGGCUCGGCGCAGUCGCUGGCCCGCUGGCUCGAGACUCGCUGGAACCAAACCGUUGCGGGCACGCAGUAGCGCGCGCCCAGCCGCGGCAGGGACGUCUUGUAACAGUAGCAGAGUUCACUGGCCGUCGUCGUCGCCCAGCGUCCCGUGUCAGCGCGGCGUCCCGCGUCGUCUGUCGUCUCGUCGGUGUACCUUGCCGGUGACGACGCGAACAUGACAGCAUAGGCGCCGGGGGAGGCACCUACAUAUGUACAGAUCGUUGGUUUUGAUCAGUGCCCGCUGGCUGGCUAGCUCGGGCUACACGCGCUUGGCACGCGCGGCUAUGUAGCGCGCUGCGCUGCCGCCGCGCUGAGGUGUCGUCCUUCCUGCUGCCCCAUUCGCCAGCCGCGGCUGAUAUCGGACGGUCGAGUGAGUGAGCAGCAGCACGACCGGGGACCGGGGCCUGGCCUUGUUAC